AUCUCUUAAUUCCUAUCUCAAAAAACGAAGAAGAGAGAUCAAUAAGGGAAGUUGUAGUAGUAGUAGCUAGCAGAAAUUUUGUGUGAGAAAGAAAAAAUGGGAAAUCCAGCAGAUUUCGCAAAUUCUUCCGACGACCUAAAGAAACCUGGUCAUGUUGAUGAGCAAUCUGAGAUGCCCGAAACUGAUUAUCCCACUGGCGAUGAGACGUCUCAUCCGCAGGCGGAGAACUAUCCACCUGCUGCUCCUUCAGGCGCUGGUAGUUCUGUGUAUUCUGGUACUCAAGGUGUACCAAUUCAUCAACAGCAAAAUGCACAACCAUAUCCGCCAAAACAAGCAUAUGCACCACCACAGAACCAACAAAUGAAUAAUCCUUCGUAUCAGCCACACCCCCAGCAACAAGCCUAUCCGUCUUCUAUUCAUAACUAUAACCAAGGAGCAAAAUCACCCCUUCCUCAGCAACCAGCGUACUCUCAACAGGCAUAUCCUCAAAUGCAAACACCUCCUCCCACUGGUCCUUAUCAACAAGGACAGCCUAGUUAUCCCGUGGCAGGGGUUCCCAUACAAAGUCAGCCGAUGUAUCCGAAUAAACCAGCACCAGUACCUACUCCUAAUUAUCAUCCUAACGCUGCCCUUAGGCCUGGUACGAAUGCUUGGACUACCGGCCUAUUUGAUUGCAUGGAGGAUCCUAAUAACGCUCUCGUAACAUUUGCCGCUCCAUGCGUCACAUUUGGUCAGAUUGCAGAAAUCGUUGAUGAGGGCCAAACCACCUGUUCAACCAGUGGGAUAAUAUACUCUGCCAUACUUUUCUUUACGGCGGCACCUUGUUUAAUAUCGUGCGGGUAUCGUUCAAAGUUGAGGAGCAAAUAUGAUCUAGUAGAAGUCCCAGCAGCAGAUUGGAUGACUCAUGUCUUUUUCGAAUGGUGUGCUCUUUGCCAAGAAUAUAGAGAGCUCAAAAACAGAGGCUAUGAUCCUGCAAUUGGAUGGCAUGGAAAUCAAAUGAGGCUCCAGGCUAUGCAGCAGCAGCAACUACAGCAAGUACAGAUGGCCCCUCCAAUGUAUCAAAAUAUGACUGGAUGAAGAUGGCGAUUGAGGAAGCAAUAAAAAGAAAAGAUGAUGACCGAGAAUUAUUCCAGCUGUUAAAGUUUGAUGCCUGUGAUUUGUGAUGAUUCACUGCAAUUAUUAUGAUAAAAUUAUAAGUUUUUUCUUUUCGGCAUCUUUUUUUUGUUUGUAGUUUCAAACUUGAUUUCGGUAUUGAUGUAUCAUUUGUAUGAUUUCUUUGUUUUUUUGGUUUCCCUAUCUUUUUAUAGUAAAAAAAACUACACUAGUUUCUGCAUGGUGUAUAGUGUAUAUAUGGACGGU